AUGAAUAUUAUCCUGGAACAUACUGAAGAUGGAGUUACUAUUCCUCACAGAACCUAUCUGAAAACACCUACUGAGUUCUCGGAUGAGGAUAAUGAGCUGAUAAAUCUGGAUGUAACUCUACAGCUCAUUCUGAUCGAAUCAUUGGAUCCAAUAAUGUACAAUAAUGUUGUCAAUUGUACAAGUGCUAAGCAGAUAUGGGACACUCUGCAAAUUAUCAAUGAAGGAUCUGAGGAAGUACGGGAAAACAAGAAGGAAAUUCUUGUGGCUCAAUAUGAGCAAUUUGGUUCUAUUCCCGGAGAAGGAAUUUCUGAAGUAUUCAUCAGAUUCAACAAUUUGAUAAAUAAUCUGAAUCUGAACGGGAAAUACUACAACAACAAAGAGGUGAACCUGAAGUUUUUGUUGACGCUCCCUGAGCAUCUGGAGCAUAGGAUAACCGCCAUCAGAGAAAGCAGAGAUUUGACAGAGAUCUCACUAGAACAGCUGUAUGGGGUUCUGAAAACCUAUGAAUUGGAACAGGCUCAAACUAAACAGAGAUACGGAUGGGGAAAGACACUCAACACGUCUACGUCUGUUAUCAAUUCUAAUGCCCUCGUAGUAGAAUCACCUCUUGUGAAAGAAAGGAAGGUUGUUGUACCUUCAAGAAGCUCCCAAGAGUAUGUUGUGCCGGAAAUGGGACAUACUUCAGUAAGUACGGGAGAUGAUGAAUUUUACUCGAUGGAAGAGUUAGAUCAGCUGGAGGAUGAAUCUCUUGCUAUGUUUGCCAGGAAGUUUGGCAACAUGAGAUUCAGGAAGAAUCCCUCAUACAGAUUUAAAUCUUCUGGUAAUAAAUUCCAGAAAGGGGGAUCUUCGUCCACUUCAAAAGGGGCUUAUAAGACUGGGAUGGUUGAUCGAAGCAAGUUUAAAUGUUUCAACUGUGAUGAGCCUGGUCACUUUGCAUCGGAGUGCAAGAAGCCCAAUCAGCUGGCAAAGAAGGAAGAAUCUUAUGACGAGCUAAAGCAGAAAUAUGAGGCUCUGCUAAAGAAGCAUCAAGGCCAAAGCAUCCAAGGGAAGUCCUAUGUGGCAAAAGGAAAAAGCUGGGAUGACACAGAUAGUGAAGAGGAGGAAGAGCGGGGGAAUGUUGCUCUAAUGGCUUUCAUGGAACCUUCUAAACCUCCACAUCGCACUGGUGGAUUUCCGGUAGAUCCUACUUGCCCUAAACUAUUUAUGCAAUUAGGACUUGAACGUGAUGACGCUCGUAAUAAGCUCAAAGCUCUGACUCUUGAACACAAAGCUUUAAAGCAAGAAGUUCAUGAGUUAAAGUUAAAAGAAAAACUUGUUCUCACCCCUAAAAUUGAACAACUAACUAGUCAGUUAUUGACUCAGACUAAUAAAGUCGAAGUGUUAGAAUUUAGGGAGAAAAAGUUGAAUGAGCAGUUAGCUGAAGAGAAGGUUAGGUGCCUUGCUUAUAAGGAGUCGACUAAUAUUGUUAAGAACCUAGUUGACCAACAAGUGAUUAAAAGGAAAGUUGAAAACACAACACCUAGAAAGCACAUGAAUAGUAAGUUUGCAAAAACCAAGACUGCUGGUCCUUCUCCUAUCAAGAAGGAUACUUAUGUUCCUAAGCCUAAACCUAAAGUGUUCAAGGCUGUUUGUAGGAAAGUAAGUACAGUCAAGGUGGAUGCUAAUGUUAUUCGAACAGGAUCUAUUGUCAAAGCUGACAAAGGUCAAUUCUUUAAGGAGCCAAACAAGGUUGAAAAGGUUGUAUGGAUCCUCGAUAGUGGAUCUUCUAGAUAUAUGACCGGUGAUAGAGCCCUGCUAUCAAAUGUGAUUGAGAGAGCUGGCCCAAUUGUCACCUUUGGAGAUAACAGCAAAGGUCGUACUAUGGGAUAUGGCAAUUUACAUGCUGGAAAUGUUAUCAUUGAAAAAGUUUCUUUGAGGGAUUUGGUGAGAGGACUGCCUCCUUUGGAAUUCACUCUACAAGGACUUUGUGAGGCAUGUCAGAAAGGGAAGGCUAAUAUAGCAUCAUACAAAGGCACAGACACCAGUAACAUUACUGAACCACUGCAACUAUUACAUAUGGAUUUAUUUGGUCCAGUCAAUGUGAUGUCUUUAUCAAGAAAGAGAUAUGCCUUGGUGAUUGCUGAUGACUUCUCUAAGUUCACAUGGGUUUUAUUCCUACAUUCUAAGGAUGAAACUCCGCAAUUGAUAAUUGAUCUUAUCAAGGAGAUCGAGUUGGAUUCGAAUGAUAAACUUUGUGUCAGAGAAAUAAGGUCAAAUAAUGGAACUGAGUUUAAGAAUGAAACUCUGAAAAGAUUUUGCUCUGACAAUGGCAUAACAAGACAAUACUCAGCGCCAAGAAUUCCACAACAGGAUAGAAAUCGAACUCUGAUCAACAAGGAACACAUGAAAACUCCUUAUGAGCGUAUGAACGAAAAGAAACCAACGGUCAAGUACUUUCAUGUAUUUGAGCUAAAUGCUUUGUGCUUAAGGUUGGAGAUGAACAUCGUGGCAAUUUUAAACCCAAAGCACUUCAAGCAUUUUUAUGUUGGUUAUUCUCUUCGAGCAUAUAAGGUGUUUAUCAUUGAUCAAUUACAAGUCAAGGAAAGUGUCAAUGUUACUUUUGACGACACUAGACUCCCAAGUAAUGAGACUAACAAUGGUGAUUAUGAUCCAGAUAAUGGUGGAGGAGACAAUGGAAACAAUGAAGCCUCUACUAGUACCAGUGGUGGAUCAUCUAGUCAACCUGGCAGCAACUCAGGGGGAGAUGGUGGAUCAACUGGUCAAACACAGCAUCACAAUGAUAAUUCUGGCAUAUCAUCAAGAUCAAAUCUUCCAAGGGAGAGGAUCUUGAGUAGAGAUCAUCUCUUUGAUCUAAUCUUUGGUGAUCCAGAUGUUGGUGUUCGGACUAAGAGUGCAACUCAUGAUGAAUGUCUAUAUUCGGGUAUUCUAUCUCAAGAAGAACCGAAGAAAAUUGAAGAUGCAUUAGCCGAUCCGAAUUGGGUUCUUUCCAUGCAAGAAGAACUUAAUCAAUUCGAGAGACAAGAUGUCUGGGCCCUGGUUCCAAGACUUCAAAAUAAAUCUGUUAUUGGAACUUGA